AUGGCGGAUCAUUCCGUACUCCCUGGCCGCGUUUUCGACGAUCCUAACAAAACUCGCUUCCAUGUGCCGCAAACGCUUGGCUACAGAAACGGCGUUCCUGUGCAAACUUUGGUUGUACAAGGCAUAGGUCAAGAGCCUCUCGACGCGCAAACUGUGCAGUAUUUGGACAAGUGGGACUCAAAUUUGUUCUACGGGGAAUGCCGGCGAGCGCCAAAAGUCAACACGGUGCACCCGAAGUAUGAAAUCUAUGAAAACAAAGCCCUCGCCUUCCGUGCCUUCUGCGUGGAACCAGUCAAAGGUCUGAUGGAGGACGAACCGAGAAUCCGGCACGUCUUGCUCUUCUAUCAUCUCGAGGAUGACACCAUCAGCAUCAUGGAGCCUCCAGUCUCAAACAGCGGGUGCGUGCAGGGCAAAGUACUCAAGCGUCAUCGAGUGCCCAAGGCCGGCGACGAGGACGCCCCUUUUUGGCACUGGACCGACCUGAACGUGGGUGGCCGAGUGUGGCUGUACGGGCGCACUUACCAAUUAGCCAGUUGCGACGCGUUCACCAGGGAGUUCCUCGAGAGUCACGGCAUAGCAGUAGCCGCCGAGAUUGAGGUGCCGCCUGACCCCUACACCCGACAGCAGACGCGCGCCAUGCAGCAGCAGAUGGAGGCCCUCGAAGCCCACUCGCCCUCCGCCAACCUCUACCAGGGCCUCGACAAACUCGGCCGCUUCCUCGCCUUCGACCGGCAGGUCCUCAGGUUCUUCGCCGUUUGGCAGGACCCUUUCGACCCCCAGAAGGAAAAGCGCUACUUCAAGGUGCUAUUCUACCUGGCCGACGGCACCAUGGAGGUUCAGCCCGAGUACAAACUCAACGACGGCCACUACAAGUACCCGAACCUGCUGGCCCGACAACUGCUGCCGCGCGGAGGACUUCUUCCAGCGGACCUUCCCUCCUUCCGCGAGAUGGACUGCUACAUUGCCGAAGACCUGCAGGUCGGUUCGGAAAUCGAAGUGCUGGGCCGGCGACUUUUGCUGUUUGACUGCGACGGCUUCACGCGAGACUACUACGCAGCCCGCAUCGGCAUCGUCCAACCACCCGGCGUGUCCACCGAGUCGCCGGCGCCGCCACCCACCGUCCACAAGCUUCCUCCUCACAACGGAUUCGGCUCCCCAGAAGACUCUUUGAGAUCGUGUUUGCACCUGGUUCCUCGGCGGCCGUGCCCCUCGCACCCCGGCCCUGACGACCGGCCCUUGAGAUACCUGAUGCGACUCGACUCCGAGAGGCCGUACGACCUGGCCAGGCGCUUCGUGCUCAGCUACCAGACCCGCUUUGGGUAUUGCACAAUCACAGAACUGAAGGGACGCAACUCGGGACGAGAGGGCGGCCGCUUCUUCGGACCCAGGCUCAUCGAAAAGCCCAACAACGACCCCACGCUGCCUCAGCCCGAAUACUAUGGACCGUCUGAUUUUGCCAUAGGUUCCGAGGUUGUAGCGGCGAGCUGUCAUUUUAUUGUGGUCGGUGCAGACUUGUACGUCUACAAGUAUGUCAGCGAGCGCCGAGGCGUUUUCCAGGAAGAACUCAUUCAAAAUCUGGCCGACCACAUGCACAAGGAGGGACUGCUCAAGGAAGAAAACAAUUAAACUCUGGAUUGCACUGCACAAAUAAAUCAAGAGAUUAAAAAUAAAAAUUUUCAUCUUAUUUCCAUAAAAAGGAGCAAAAAAGAUAAUUUGUUGUAAAAUAUUAUACGUGUGUGUAAAAGCUAA